GGAUUAGACACAUUGUACGAUCUCCUGGCCCAAAAACUUGAUCUCGCCAGCUGAUUGACGAAAAUGACCCUGGAAUUUCUAUAUAAGCAUGCACGCCGCCCUCGGCUCCCGCCUUACAUGGAAGUUUUGUUCCACUCUGUAUUCCAACAGUAGUACACAACACAGAAACAAUGGCGCCAAAAACAAUGCCUUCGUCUCCAAUCCGUAUCGGUAACUGCGAGAUUCUCGUUGAGGCCAAAAGUUUCACCUGCAAGUCGGAUUCAAAUGGCCUCCAGAUUUCUCUUCCAGGAAGGGGGAAGAUUAAAGUAUCAGUUGUGAAAGGCGAAGUUACGACUAAAGGAAAUGAUUCUGAGAAUUUUAAGCUUGAAGAUAGAGAUCAUAAAUUCGUCCUUGUUAAUCCUAAAGAUGCUGACGGCACUACCAAAUCCUACCUGCAGGAAGUAUUGCAGAUGUAUAUGACAGAACUUCCUGGAAUGAAUUAUGCUGCGAAUACUGGAAAACAAUCAAAAUUUCUUGAGAGAUGCGUAACUAAUGGAAAAUAUCGUACGCUGCUUCUGAAAUCUGGUUCUGUUGGAAAUUCUGGAAAGGUUAUAGCUGCUAUCACAUAUCAAAUAGUCCCUGCAGAUACAGAGUAUGCAGAGAUCCCACUUGCAGCGGUCAGUGCAAUCUAUCAACGCAAGGGUCUUGGUCAUAUGUUGUUUGUAGAGCUACGGAAGAGAUUUCAAGAUGUUGGCAUUCGUUCAAUUUUCUGCUGGGGAGACAAAGAAUCUGAAGGGUUUUGGGUUAAACAGGGUUUUAUAUCAAUAGCAGAGGUGGACACCAAAGGUAGAGCUCGCAAGUUACCUAUAAAAGCUGAUAUUCGUAAAGCAUUAUGCUUUCCUGGUGGUUCUACACUCAUGAUUUUCCAUCUAAGGAUGGGAUUUUCAGCUGACGCUACUAACUCUAUGAAGUGUCUUCCCUCACAACAACGUCAGAAUUACUUGACAUUUGGAAAUGACAAGAACGACCAGCUUAAAUUUACAGGACAGUUACACAUUGAUUUGAAUCUUUCAAACAACUCUACUGAUAGAACAGAUAAUAUGGAAACUAGUCAUCCCAAGGCUUUGGUGAAUGAUGGAUUUUCAAAAGAAUCUGAUGAAUUGAGCGGUGCGUUUUCUCCUGAUGGUGAAACACCACCCGCUGUUGCAGGACUUGCAAACGAUGAAGUUGAUGCUGAAAUGAAGGAUUGUUCUAAUUCCACAAAAGGUGCAAAGAGGACCUGGGAAGCCUCUUUGUCAUCCUUAAAGUCAAAAAGAGUGAAAGGUUGCCAUUUAGUUGAUGAUAGAUCUGAGUCUAGCUGGGGUUUCGUGUCAGAGGUUGAUAGGACUAAUUCUUGUUUUGUGGGAUGCUCAUGGGGUGUUUUGAGCGGAAAAAGUUCAGCAGAGCUCCCAUAUGGUGACUCUUUGAUUGUCCAAGAAAAGAAUUCUGAGAAACUCAAAGGGGAUUAUUUAGAUUUAGAAGCUCAAGUCAACAAUGAACAGCUAUCAACUAAACAAUGCUUUAGAAUCAUGCUGAUGAAUAUUGCUGAUGAUGCUAAGAAAAUGCACCUUACAAAGGUAAUUGAAGCCCUUGGUGGCACUGUUACCUCUGAAGGAAGCAUGACCACACAUAUUGUCACAGGCAAAGUGAGGAAAACUUUGAAUUUCUGCACUGCCCUCUGCUCAGGGGCAUGGGUGGUCUCAUCAGAUUGGUUAAAAGAAAGCUGUCGUGAAGGCAAAUUUAUUGAUGAGUUGGCUUACAUAUUAGAUGACAAGGAUUACCUAUUGAAGUACAGAUCUGAUUUAAAAAGUGCAGUUUUCCGUGCAAAAGCCAACCCCCGAGCUUUAUUCAAGGGGUACAACGUGUGCAUUGCAGAGCAUGUUCAACCUCCUGCUAAAACACUAUCUGCAAUUGUGAGCUCUGCUGGUGGCAAUGUUAUUCGUGGGUUGAAGAAAGUAAAUGAAACAUCCUCAACCAUUUUUGUGACAUGUGAAGAAGAUAUGGAAGAAGCAAUGGUAGCUGCAAAGAAGGGGAUCCGAACUUUCAGUAGUGAGUGGUUUAUGAACUGUGUCAUGAGACAAGAACUUGACAUGGGGGCCUUUCAGUUUGCAGAGUCCUUAUGAGGAUGGUGACUUGCCGAGUGAUGAUUAACAUGAUUUCUUGUGAUGCAGAAUUAGACCAUAUCUAUCGCCACCCAUGUAUAUUUUUUUUGCCCAAUGGGUUCAUACCCCUAAAGAGAGAGUUCUAGUGCAACUCGAAAUUUGACCAUGCGGGUAAUAUGACAA